ACUUCGUGAUAAGUGAAAACUGUGAAAUUCAGAUUCCAAUGUCCAUAAGUAAAUGUGCUCACUCGUUGCCGUGCUGUCCAGCACUGCUUUCAUCCACGCCAACGGUUGGGUAACCGACAGGUGGGAGGUGGCCUGUCCUUGCUUGGCAUCAUGAAUCACAGUUACUUGGUUGUCACUCGAUUUUGACUUUUGAUCCCUAAGUCUAAAUAUUUACUGUUUGCCCUUAAUAGAGAAAACAUUUGCUGAUCCCUGCCCUGAAGUCUAAGUUGAGACACAUGGUUUCUUUAGACGUGGUGGGGGAAGGAUGGUGGUCAUCAUCUCAUCCAUUUCUUUAAGAGUGCCUGGAAACCACAGAGGGUAGAACCAUGGAGAAGCAGCCCCGGGACAGCAGGAAAGGCCCGGUGCCCAGGGAGGUGCCCCCAGCAGUCAGGCUGCUGCUGGCCAUGGCCCUCAUGAAUGCGCUGCUCUACCUCUGCCUGGGCCGGGUCUUCAUCUCCCCCCAGCAUUACUCGGGGAACCCGGGGCACUGUCCCUACGGCCACUUCAAGAUAGGACAGAUGAAAAACUGCUCGCCGUGGCUGUCCUGCGAGCAGCUGAGAACAGAAGUGAGGCAGCUGAAGUGUGCUGGGGAAGGAGCUGUGAAAAGGGUCUUUCUUUCUGAGUGGAAGGAACAAAAAGUUGCUCUCUCUCGUCUCACCAGUCUAGAGAUGAAAGAGGAUUUCCUCCAUGGACUGCAGAUGCUGAAAUCCCUGCAGAGCAAACAUGUUGUCACGCUGCUUGGCUAUUGUGAGGAUGACAACACCAUUCUUACAGAGUAUCACCCCUUAGGCUCCUUGAGCAACCUGGAAGUAACACUGAAUCUCUCCAAGUACCAGCACAUGAACACAUGGCAGCACAGGCUGCAGCUGGCCACAGACUACGUCAGGGUCAUCAGCUACCUGCACCGCAGCCCCCUGGGCACGCUGGUCAUGUGCGACUCCAAUGACCUACCCAAGACGCUCUCCCAGUAUCUGCUGACCAGUAAUUUCAGCAUCGUGGUGAACGACCUGGAUGCCUUGCCCCUGGUGAACCACAGCUCUGGGACACUUGUGAAGUGCGGCCACAGGGAAUUGCAUGGGGAUUUUGUGGCUCCGGAGCAGCUGUGGCCCUUUGGGGAGGGUGUGCCUUUUGAUGACGAUCUCAUGCCCUCAUACGACGAGAAGGUCGACAUCUGGAAGAUCCCAGACGUCUCCAGUUUCCUUCUGGGACAUGUCGAAGGAAGCGACAUGGUUCGAUUCCAUUUGUUUAAUAUUCACAAGGCAUGUAAGAGCCAGACUGCUGCAGAGAGGCCCAGUGCUGAGGACGUUCUGGACACUUACCAGAAGGUUUUUAAUUCACUCAGAGAUACCGUGAUGUCUCAGACAAGGGAAAUGCUUUAAAAACUGGUCCAA